UGGGAAGAGAUCGACGGCUCGUACGUCCGCGCCCCCUCCGGAAGAGCCUGGGGCGUCGUGCACUUCAUCGGCGGCGCGGUCCUGGGAUCCUAUCCGCACAUCGCGUACGACGCGUUCUUAUCGCGCGUGAGCGACGACGCCGGCGUCGUCGUCGUCGCGACGCCGUACGAUCUCGGCGUCGAUCACGGGAAGAUAUCGCGCGAGUGCGCGACGAAGCUGAACCGCGCGUGGGCCGCGUUCGCGACGCGCGAGGGGUACGACCUCGCGAACACGCCCGUCUUCGCGUUCGGGCACAGCCUGGGGUGCAAGCUCCACCUCGUCGCCGCGUGCGGAGACGGCGAGGGGGACGGCGACGGCGAGAGCGCCGCGGCGAAGCGCGCCGGGCACCUGUUCGUCGCGUUCAAUAACGCCACAGCCGCGGACUCGGUGCGUCUCCUCGAGAAGUUCGCGAAGGAGCUCCGAGCCGCGUCCGCGGCGGGGCUCGACUUCACGCCGUCGCCCGCGGAGACGCUCGAGCGCGCGAAGCGCGGAUUCGAGUCCCCCCGGGCGACGUUGUUGAGCUUCGAGGAGGACGAUCUGGACCAGAACGACGAGUUGAUGGAGGUUUUGAGGCACAGGUACGCGAUGACGACGGUGAGCGGGGACGCGCCCGUGAGCGCGGUGAGGUUGCGCGGGACGCACCUCACGCCGGUG